AUGAAAAAGCGACCGACGUGCUACCCGGUUCCUGAUUACGCGCUAGAGUGUGCCCAAUUCAUGGAAGCAAAAAAUUACGAUGAUGCUCAGUCCAGGUUCAGCCCAGACACGGCCAAUCUUUCACGUGCGAAAAGGAUGGCCGACUGGUGGGAUCGUGCGAAACGAGCAUUAAUCAGAGGACUAGAUACAGCAACGCGGUUGCCCUCCAACAACGCUGAGUGCCAUGACUCAGAUGGUACGCAAGCAGGCUGCCUGCGCGAACAAAUCAGAGGCUGUCAAGACAAAUGGAGAGAAGCAAAAGCACGACGUUUGAGUCGAAAGCACGCACUUUUUCCUCAGAGAUUGACAGCGGACUUCUACAAGCGCAUUGCAUCCAAGUAUGGCGACAAUGUGCAUACAGAGUCCCAACUGAUUGACGAUUAUAUCGCCAGCAUCCGACCACCGAAAAGGAUCGCUGAUCUGGAAGAGCUUGACGCCCAAGUUUCCUUGGACAAAGUCCGAGCGGCUAUCAAACGGUGCAAACGUGGAAAGUCCUGCGGCCCGGAUGGUCUAGGUAACACUUGGUAUUGA